AUGGCGGGGCUGACUCAGCUGGCGGCUCUUACGGUACCAAAUGCAAGUUACUGCAAGGUCAGCUUCUUUAAAAUCUAUAACUGUCUGCAUGUACAUUGUACACCUGCAAGCUGCUCUAAGAUUUGCAUUACCGUCUUCCCCACAGGUAUUGAUUAUAAGACUACAACGAUUCUUCUGGAUGGCCGACGAAUCAAGCUACAGCUCUGGGAUACAUCGGGGCAAGGGAGAUUCUGCACCAUAUUUCGGUCUUACUCAAGAGGUGCUCAGGGAGUAAUACUAGUGUAUGAUAUUACAAAUCGUUGGUCAUUUGAUGGAAUUGAUCGAUGGAUAAAAGAAAUAGAUGAGCAUGCUCCUGGUGUACCAAAAAUCCUAGUUGGAAAUCGCCUUCACUUAGCCUUCAAGCGCCAAGUGUCUACUGAACAAGCACAAGCCUAUGCUGAAAGGCUGGGCAUGACUUUUUUUGAAGUCAGUCCACUUUGUAAUUUUAAUAUUACAGAGUCCUUUACUGAGCUAGCAAGAAUAGUAUUGAUGAGACAUGGAAUGGACAGGCUCUGGAGGCCAAACAAGGUACUGAGUCUGCAAGACCUUUGUUGCCGUGCUAUAGUUUCCUGUACCCCUGUGCAUCUUGUUGACAAGCUCCCUCUCCCCGUUGCCUUAAGAAGCCAUCUCAAAUCUUUCUCCAUGGCAAAUGGCCUUAAUGCCAGGAUGAUGCAUGGACGCUCAUACUCCCUCACAUCCAGCAACAUCAAUAAAAGGAACAGCUUAAAGAAAGCUAAAAUUUUCCGUCCACCGCAGAGCCCACCAAAAAACUGCACAAGAAACAGCUGUAAAAUUUCUUAAGCUCUCUGUGGGAAAAGGAACCUGGAUGGAAUCCCCUCAUGUGAAGCGUUGAACACAAGGACUCCUUGUUUAAUGGUUGAGCACACUCUAUGUACGUGUCAUAGUACAUAGACAAAAAUAAGAAAAAUGAGUCUUAUUUUAGAGCUUGCUCACUACAGUAACGCUGCUUUGGAAUGAAUGACAUGUUCAGUGCAACUGAAAGGAUGUGACAUUUUGCUGUUGGAUUUUCAUACUGCAUUUUAGUUUCUGAUGUGCGUGAUGCCAUUAUUUUUACUAGUAGAUGUGUUUUCACAUAGGGGAUAAUUAUCAGUAUAUUCAGUUCUUAAUUCCACGAAAUCUGGAAAGUGACUUACUGUGUAAUUGUAUAAAAUCCUGUCUUUUUGCAAACUAUUGAGAAAUAGAAAAACGAGUCAUCAGUUUGCAUAUUCAGGCAGAGGUUUUUAAAUGCAAUGUAUUGUAUACAUUCUUAAAUUCUACAAAUAGCGUGACAAAUUCUAGUAAUACUGCAAUUGUGCACCUGGAUUUUUUGUAAAGCUUCCUUGAUAACUUUGAAGCACUAACUUAACUAAAAAUG